AUGGAGCAAAAAAACAAUUCAAUGCCUGAAAUGAAUGACAUUCAAACUUUCGUCAAUGAUUCUAUAAUGUACAAUUUAUUUGAUACAAAUAACAAUCUAGACAAUACUAUUACCCAGGAGUCACAUGAUUUUCAUAACUUAGAAACUGGUAUACCUGACAUGGAUCAUAACUAUUUAUCACAACUUUUACAUGCUGUAAUGGAAUCAGAAUCCAAGAAGAGUGCAGUCGAUUUUGUUUCAAUGUCAGAGGUUGAAAGAAUCCCGGUCUCUGAAAUAAAUGCUUUCAACAACUUUAGACCCUCUUCAGAAUCCAAUUUUCAGCCUGAUAAUACUAAUGACAAGGAAGAAGACAAAAGUUAUACAUCAGCAAGAACCACUAUAACAGCUACAAAAUCAGGUUUAAAUGAGAAUGGCAUUAAUAAAUCAAGAAGACUCUGGGAUGAUGAAGAGGUUUCUAUUUUUCUUAAUCAUUUUAAGGAGGAUUAUGCAUUAUACCAAAAGAACAGUAAAAAAUUUUAUGAAAAGAUGGCCAGUAAAUAUUUUACAUCAAGAUCAAAAGGUGCAAUUCAAAGUAAACUUAAUCAAUUGUUGGAUAAAUAUGAGGAAGUUAAAAGCAAUUCGGCUAAAUAUAACUGGAAAUGGUACAGAAUUAUUGAUGAUAUCAUUAAAGAAGAUUCCAAUGAUGCUAAUGAUCAUGAUAGUGAUAGAUCAUCUGAAAUCAAUUAUUAUAAUGAAAGACUUAAAUCCAAAAGACUUGUGAAAAGCAAAAAUAAUAAACCAACUGAUGUUAGUGAAGUAGAAUCACAUGAAGUAAUAAUUGGUAACCAUAAGAUAAAUAAUAAUAAUUUUAUAAAAGCUGAAAACAACGCAAUUGAUAAUGGUGCAGUUGAAAAUAGAAAUUGUAUCAGUAAAAAAAGAAGAAUUGGAAUUUCUUCUGCAUGUAUAAUUGCAGAUGCUAUCAAAGAAUCAGUAAUGUACAGAGAAAGAAUACUUGAACAUGAUAACAAACUUAAAGAAUUAGAACAUGAUGCUAAACUUGAUUAUUAUGGGAAAAAAUUGGCAACAUGCUCUUCUGAUCGAUCUAUAAAAAUUUUUGAAAUUGAUGGAGACAGUCAACGAGAAAUAGAAACAUUAAAAGGGCAUGAAGGACCGGUUUGGCAAGUUGCUUGGGCACAUCCAAAAUUUGGUAAUAUCCUAGCAUCAUGUUCUUAUGAUAAUAAAGUAAUUAUUUGGAAAGAACAAAAUGGAUCUUGGAAUAAAAUCCAAGAACAUAAACAUUCAGCAUCUGUAAAUUCAGUUGCUUGGGCACCUCAUGAGCUUGGUCCAAUUUUAGCAUGUGCAUCGUCAGAUGGAAAAGUUUCUGUUUUAACAUUUAAAGAUGAUGGAGCAGCUGAUAUACAAAAAAUUGAUGCACAUUCGAUUGGUGUUAAUUCUGUAAGCUGGGCACCUGCUACAAUGCCAGGUUCACUUGUACAAAUUACCGGUGGGGCACAAAAUGUUAAUGUCACAAAAAAAUUUGCUUCAGCAGGCUGCGAUAACAAUAUAAAAAUCUGGAUUUAUAGUGAUAACGAAUGGAAAGAAGAAUGGAAUUUGGACGGGCACACAGAUUGGGUUCGUGAUGUAGCUUGGGCUCCUAAUGUAGGGCUUUCUAAAAGUUAUUUAGCUAGUGGAUCUCAAGACAAAACUGUUUUGAUCUGGACUCAAGAAACACCAAACUCUCCAUGGACUAAAAAACAACUUAAUGAGAAAUUUUUGGAUGCAGUUUGGAGUGUCAGUUGGUCACUUUCUGGUAACAUAUUAGCAGUUGCUACUGCUGACAACAAAAUCACAUUAUGGAAAGAAAAUUUAAAGGGUGAAUGGGAAAUGUUGACUGAAAUGGCAGAAUAA